AUCAAUGGCUCACAAGCACUUCUCCUGCAUCACUCUUAUUCCUUUCCUUUUAGUUUUCUUCCACUUCUCCAGCUCGGUCGUCUCUCAAUAUCCGUAUGGUGGAUACGGUUACAGACAGCUCGAUUAUCGAUUUUACGAUCGAUCAUGUCCUAGAUUGCUGAACAUGGUUAGGUAUGGUGUCUGGGCGGCUUAUAGGAACGAUACGAGGAUCGCCGCUUCCCUCCUACGGUUGCACUUCCAUGAUUGUUUCGUUAAUGGGUGUGAUGGAUCGGUGCUUCUCGACGACACCGAAGACAUGAAGGGCGAGAAGAAUGCUUUUCCGAACCGAAACUCUGCUCGAGGCUACGAAGUUAUCGAUAACAUAAAAGCCGACGUUGAAAGGUUUUGCCCAUCCACGGUUUCAUGUGCCGAUAUAUUGACACUUGCAGCAAGCGAAGCUGUUGUCAUGGCAGGAGGGCCGUCGUGGGCGGUACUGUUAGGGCGGCGAGAUGGGAUGAGUGCAAGUCAGCAAGCAGCUAAUGAGCAAUUGCCAUCGCCAUUUGAGCCUCUCGACAAUAUCACUGCUAAAUUCACUGCAAAGGGUCUUGACCUUAAGGAUGUUGUGGUCCUCUCAGGGGCUCAUACCAUAGGCUAUGCUCAAUGUUUCACCUUCAAAAGAAGACUCUUCAACUUCCAAGGCUCGGGUCAGCCGGACCCUACGCUGGAUGCUUCGACCCUCACUAACUUGCAAACUAUGUGCCCGAACACCGACUCCUCGAACACCAACCUCGCCCCACUCGACUCGGCCAGCACUUACAGGUUCGACAACAUGUAUUACAAGAACCUCGUCAACAAUGCCGGGCUUCUCGAAUCCGAUCAAGCGCUGGCACGGGAUCCGAAAACCUCCCCAAUGGUUAAUUCGUAUAGCACGAACUCGUAUCUUUUUUGGAAUGAUUUCGGGACAUCGAUGGCUAAGCUCGGGAAUCUCGGUGUUCUUACGGGGAACAAGGGACAGAUAAGAAAGAAGUGUGGGGCUGUUAACUUGUGAUGGUUGAAUUGAUAUUAGGAUCUGAAAAAUGUUGGUGCUAUGUUGUA